GAUCAAUCAAAGUCACCCAGAUCCCUGUUUGUUCCAACAGGAAGCUCUGUGCCGCAUCAUCAACACCUUAGCCAAUAAGAAUGAAGAACUCCAGAAUUUUCUGGACUCGGUCGACAGCACUCGGACGGGCCUGCAGGAGGAGUCCUGUAAGGUGAUGUCAGAGCUGGAGGUGGAGCUAGAGAAGCUGAGCUCCGCUUUGGAGGAAAGAGGCGCUCAGCUCCGUGACAUCAUCAAAGAGGAGAAGCAGAGGAAGGAGGCGGAGCUUGAACGGCAGCUUUCAGAGGGAAAGUUUGCUCUGCUGUCCUGCAAGGAGCUGCUGGACUUCGCCAAUCAGACACUGACCAUUACCAACGAAGAAGAAUUUCUGACGGCAGCCAAACAGAUCAAGGAACGGGUAACAAUGGCUCCAGCCUUCCGGCUGACGACUCGACCGAUGGUGUCAGAAAACAUGUCGCAGUUUACCGUCGACUUCAGCGGCGAGAGGGCGGGGCUUCAACGCCUUAACUUUCUGCCAGUCCCCAGAGCUCCAGAGAUCAACGUUUCCGGCUGCCUCGUCCACGACAACAGCAUCACUGUUGCCUGGCAACCGAUCAGUGACGCCGAAGCGGAUGGACCAAUCGAGCGCUACGAGCUGGAAUAUCGUAAAACAAACCAUAACAGCUCUCCAAGAGCUACGGGGGACUGGGAGAAGAUUUGUGACAUCACAGACACACAGGUGACCAUCUCAGGUUUGAAAUUUGAUUCGCUGUUUGUUGUGGUUCGAGUUCGAGCGAGAAACAAAGCCGCAGCAGGAGAUUUCUCUGAACCUGUUGCUCUGGAAACCAAAGCGUUUAACUUUGGCUUUGACGCAGCAACAGCUCACGCCGAGCUAAAGAUUCAGGGUGACACGGUCACAUGGGAGCCCAAGGGGGUCAAAGGUCACGACGCACGGCUCAGGGGCAAGGAGAAUAAAAACAGCAGCAGGAGCGCCACUCCGUCUCCCAGUAAGACGGCAGGCGGUCGAGCCGGACGCGAGCGAUUCGCCGGAGAGUCCUACACCGUUCUGGGUGACCAGGAGAUAACUGGAGGCUGCCAUUACUGGGAGCUCCGUCCCCGAGCUGACUGGAAGUCACUUAGUGUGGGCGUGGCCUACAGGGGGGGCUUAGGACGAUUCGACCAAUUAGGAAAGAGCUCCAGUUCAUGGUGUCUCUACGCCAGCCAAUGGCUGCAGACCUCACUCGCUGCCAAACACAACAACAGAGCGAAGGCGUUGGAUUGGCCGCUGCCGCAGCGAAUCGGAGUCUACUGCGAUUACGACAACGGAGAGUUGAUGUUUGUCGACGUCGAUCAGCUUCGUCUUCUUCACGUCUUCAAGUCCAGGUUUAGCCAACCGCUCAUCCCUGCCUUCACCGUUUGGUGUGGGGGAAUCUCCGUGGCGACAGGCCUGCAGGUGCCGAGCUUCAUGGGAAACUUUAUGUCGACCAAUCGAGGUCUGCCAACGGACCAAUGAGCAGCUUCUACCUGAUCCAGAUUUAAUCUUUUAUGUCUUUAUAUUGAUUAUAGAAAAUAUUUAUAGAAAAAUCUUCUACGUGAAUUUAAAAAAGGUUUUAUUGAUUAGCUGAGUCUGGGCUUUUAUUGUGAAGAACCCAUAUUUUAUGUCCCAGGAAGGCGGACAGAUUGAUACUCUGGACUUUCACAGUAAAAGCUUGUGUUUUAUCUCCUUAUGAAUUUAAUUAUUAUGCUUUUACUGAUUCUGAAUUCAGAUAUAAUUUAAAAAAGCAUUUAAAAAUCACAUUAGAGCAGCAGAAUAAUGUUAAAAUUUAAAGAUGUGUCAUUUUGUUUUGAUGGACUGAUGAUUUGUUUCUCUGAAUAAA